AUGCCCUCUUCACAGCGCUUUUUCUAUAGCAUAUCAGCAACAGUCAUUUUUCUUCUCACUCUCCUUGGCAUCGUACUCACCUCAGACAGAAGCAUACCCAGCCUGACACAACAAUUCCAGCAGCAUGUUUGUCCGACAAGCCCCUCCGAGCCUAGUCCCCCCAUCACGCGAAAAUUCCACUCACUCACCCCAUUGCUGGGCGUCCACCCCGACACCUCCCAAUCCCCCAGCGCAGACAUCUCCUGGGAAUCGCUGCUCCUCCCCCAAAAUGGCGGCAUGCUAAGAGUCCAAACGAGCAACGACACAGUGACCGACUAUGGAAUUUCCAUGUUCCAUCAGCUUCACUGCCUGACGGUUCUCCGAGGGUUGAUCUUUCCCGGGACAUCACAGCAUCAUGGGGCAUCCACAUCACCAUCCCAUUCGGGCGAUGCUCAUGAGGAUGCCGUGCAUUGGGCUCAUUGCUUUGAUUAUAUUGCGCAGGCAAUUAUAUGUGCGGCGGACGAUACCAUCGAGCCACCUCAUUCGGUGAUCGACAAAGACGGGAAGAGCGUUCUGGUCAUCGAUGGGAUUGGACAUACACACCAGUGUCGGGAUCCGGAGCCCUUGUGGAGGGCGGUGCUUGAUAGCGGGACACAUGCCGUGAGUGUCUCUGACGUGAAAGCCACAGUUGGGGACAGCGGAGUUCUGCAGACGGGCAGGAGUGAGUGCGAGAACGGCUGUCUAAUGCCUCCACCUUAUCGGGUGCAAUGA